AUGAUUUGCAGGGACCUGCAAAGCACCCUAUUCGGUGUAGAUAUUGAUUCAUAUAACGAACCAUCCCUGAAUAUAUUAAACAAACUUAAGUUGCAUGGUGUUGAUCUGUCUGAAGAAAGACCUCGCCAAAAAACUAUUUCUUUUAAAGUACCUGCACUGCUAGGCUCUGACGUAAAAGAGCACUUUAAAAACAUUUCAGCCAGACUCACUGGUCCAUACAAAAAAUUAGCAGAUGAAAUUGUUGUCUCCGUUCCAGAAAAGCCUGCUAAGUGGGUUUUUGCACCAGGUUGGACAAGAUACUCUGAAUCCAUUGAACAUGUAAAUUUCCCUCUGGAAGACGUUUUUGUUUUCGAUGUGGAACUUCUUGUUAAUGAGGGCGACGCUCCUGUCAUUGCAGUUGCUGUUUCUCCAAGUGCUUGGUAA